UAGCUUGUGAUUCACGGCACACACCGGUGAGAUGGUGAAAAAACUAUUCUGCAGGUUUUUGCUUUUAGGUCUCUUAUAUUUCUCAGUAUAUUUCUGGUACUCAAAUGUUACUGAAUCGAGUAGGAAUGCUUUGCUGUCCAGUUUGAAGGAUAGCCAAACUGAAGAUGGAUUAAUAAAAUCAGGAGUCUAUUAUAGAGUUAUCCGCUUGCAGUCACUUCGGAAAAGAACAAAUAAUGAAAGAAAAUAGAUGGAGAGAACAUGUUCAACAGGGCCAAGCUGGUGAACAUUGGCUAUGCUGAGGCCCUGAAAGAGUAUGACUACGACUGCUUUGUGUUCAGUGGCGUGGACAUCAUCCCCAUUGAUGACCGCAACCCCUACAAAUGCUUCAGCCAGCCCAGACACCUGUCUGUCUCCAUGGACAAGUUUGGCUUCAAGGUGAAUAACAGAGGAAUGUCCAUCCCUCGUCCGGACGGCGUAGUCGGAAAAUGCCGGAAUGAUCCAUCACGAAAGAGACAAAAAUAACAACGACAAUCCUGAGGUUCAAGAGAAUAGAUCAUUACGUUAAAGACGAUGGAUACUGAUGGCCUCCACUCUCUCGAGUACGAAGUUGUCGCAGUUGAAAAGCAUGACCUGUUCACAAAGACUACAGUAGAUGUGGGGAUGACACCCAAAGAUAAAGAAGACAUGGACAAAGGAUGAAUGAGGAAGAGAUGAACUAGCAGGGCUGGAUCUUGGGCCUGACUAAUCGGUGUCUGUAUGUAGCCUCGCUACUUUUAUAGCCUCGCUACUUUUAUAGCCUCGCUACUGUUUUCCACUGUCUUUUUACUGUUUUUAUUUCUUUAUUUAUCUAUUGUUCACCUAAUACCUUUUAUGCACUAUUGGUUAGAGCCUGUAAGUAAGCAUUUCGCUAUAAGGUCAACUACACCUGUUGUAUUCGGCGCACGUGACAAAUAAACUUUGAUUUGAA